AUGGACCCGGCUCCAAGUAUAUUGAGCUGUAUUAUUGGAAAGACUAUGAAAAUUACAACCACCAAUGGGUGCUUUCAAGGGGUUUUAUUCAGUGUUCAUGCAGAUCGUGCGUUCACUCUGAUCAAAGUUAAGGAUUUGAAGACUGGCGAAGCAGUGCAAGGAGCAAAGCUCUUUUUUGGGCAACAUGUCCUAAAUGUGGAACAAGUAGAAGAAUCUAAAAGUGUUGGUCAAGAGGUUGAAGGAGAGACAUUAGAAGAAAGAAGUCAUAUACUGUCCCUGACGACUGCCCAGAGUAAUCAAGAGGAGCCUUUCAAUGCUUUACAGGAAAUUCAACAUGCAGUGGAACCAGUAGAAGAAUCUAAGUGUGUGGGUCAAGAAGUUGAAGGAAAGGCAUUAAAAGAAAGAAGUCAUAUACUGUUGCUGAAGACUGCCCAGAGUAAUCAAGAUGAGCCUUUCAAUGCUUUACAGGCAAUUAAACAUGCAGUUGACACUGAAGAGGUGGUUUAUACUGUGAUAGACCAGUUCCAGACUUUGUUUCAACCCACAAUUCGGCAUCUCCAAAGACAGAAGGUCUUGAGUUUAGCAGCUGCUUGCCUGAAAUUAGGCCACUAUCAAAAACUGUGUUGGCUGCAGGUGGCCACCAGAAAUCAUGUCUACCUCUUUGAUAUCCUCACCAUGGGACCAGGAGUCUUCAAAAAUGGUCUUCAAGUGAUGCUGCAAGACAAAAGCAUCCUAAAGGUCAUCCAUGAUGGUCGUUUGCUAGCAGAUAUUUUGUUCCACCAGUAUGGUGUGACCUUGACUAAUGUUUUCGAUACACAGGUGGGUGAUGUGUACCUGUUUUCAAUGGAGACUGGUGGCUUCCUUCCCCAACGCACAGCUACUUUGAAGGAUUGUUUGAUUCGGUAUCUGAAUAUGCCAUCUACACAUGUUAAUUUUCUAAACGUCAAACAAACAUUGAUGAAGGGAAUCCCCAACGUCUGGUCUGACCGUCCAAUAUCUGCUACCUUGCUGAAAGUACUGGCUCUAGAAGUAUUGCACCUCCUAGAUUUGCGCCAAGUCAUGCUGGAUAACAUGCUUGCUGACUUUACGCUUUUAGUUAACAGCUAUCUUAAUGCUCCUUACCCAGGAAGAGCAAAUGCUUUAAAUAGGACUGAGAUUUCCUGCUCUGAGCUUCCCAAAGAACUUCAGCUGCUGUGUGUCCUACAGCAAGAGAGAAGAACGAAAGCACUAAAAGAAUACGAUGUUAACCAACAGGGAUUCCUUACAAGGUCCUAG